AGUUUACAUUUUUUUAUUAUCAACAAAUCGAUUACUAAGAGUUUAUUUUGUCUGAGUAAUCCUUUUUUAAUUAUUUUAAUCCUACAUCACAUACAAUUAUUUAAAAUGGGAUUAUUUGGAAAAUCGCAUCAACCAGAUCCCAAGGAAUUAGUAAAUCAGUGGACCUCCAAGAUAAGAAAAGAGGGAUACAACAUUGAGAGACAGGUCAAAGCAAUUCAAAGAGAAGAAGAGAAAACCAAACGCAUGAUUAAGGAGGCUGCAAAGAAAGGUGAUAGAGACUCAUGUAGAAUGCUUGCUAAAGAAAUUGUGAAGGCUGACAAGCAGAUCAAUAAGCUGUAUGCUUCAAAAGCUCAUUUGAAUUCAGUGCAAAUGAGUAUGAAACAUCAGCUAGCUACCCUCAGAAUGGCUGGUGCUUUAGCUAAAAGUACAGAGGUGAUGAAAAGUAUGCAGCAGCUGAUUAAAGUACCUGAGAUUCAAGCCACAAUGAGAGAGUUAUCAAAGGAAAUGAUGAAGGCUGGUAUAAUUGAAGAAAUGAUGGACGAUACAAUGGAGGCGCUUGAUGAUGAAGACCUCGAUGAGGAGGCUGAUGAGGAAGUUGACAGGGUAUUAUAUGAAAUAACUGCUGGUGAGCUGGGUAAAGCCCCCGCUGCCGUUGAAGAUUCGCUGCCAGAAACAGAAGGUGCUAGAGCUGCUCCGUCACGAGCUGGACCAUCACGGGUUGCUGCUGCUGCUGUUGCGCUGGAAGAGGAUGAUGAUGAUGAAGACAUGGAUGAUAUGAAAGCCAGACUAGAGGCUCUUAGAAGCUGAUGGUUGAAGAAGUUUGGAAUGGUUAAAAAAACAUCACACAUCUUUUUAAUAUAAAAAGUAAAAAAAAAAUGUAAACCACUGUUUAUAGUUUGUCAGUUCUGAUCACUACAGCAUUACAUUACCUUAAACUCAUCAUUACUAGAAAGAAAUAUAAGCACUUGAACACUUCAAAUUUUAAAGUUUAUUAUUGGUUUAAACUAAUGUUUUCUUAGUAAUUACUGCCAUACUUUAAUCAUUAUAUACAUAUCUUGUUAUCAUACCUAAAAUAAACCUUGGUUGCAGAACAUUUUCAAUACAUUUCUAACAAUAAUAUAUAUAAAUAGAAAUUAAAAUAAGAAUCCUCAAAUAUUUUGUUUUGUUUAAUGAAUGAUGUACUUAAUAUUUAUUUUUGAAAUUUAUUCAUUCCAAUUAAAUUUCAAUACCACGUUUUCUUUUUUAAAAUUAAAUUGAAGAAAUGAAUUACGAUAGACAUAUUGACUUUAUUACAAAUUCAGUAUAUCGAUAAAAAAAAAGAUUUAUAAACUUUUAAAAGCAAAAUAAAUGACAGAUGCUGACAAGAUUUAUUUUUAAACUAUGUUUCAUAAACAUGUCAUAUUUGAUAUAAUUACUCUAAUGAAUUGUAAAUACAAUUAAUUUUGUUCUACAAAAAUAUGAUUUUAGUGGAAAAUAAAAAAAAUUACUGGUAUGUGUCAUAAAAUAUUGAUUUUUUUAAAAAUUAAUUAUUACUUUCAUUUUAAUUUCAUGCUUUUUGUGUAACUCAUUCCUAAGAAAUUAAGUAGUUAUCCAUUUUGUUAUAUCCAUUUACCUUUAUGUUGGGCUGUUAUGGUCUCAAGUUGUAUAUUUCUAUAUAUGUGGUGGAAUCUACAAUGAAUUUUUAGUACAUUCUACUGUCAUUGCUUAAUCCCAAUAGUUUAAAUGUCCGGCCAUUACCUUUUGUGAGAGACAUUAUGUAUCAUCAGCUGUGGUCAGACAUGAUGUACACAUCAGCUGUGGUCAGACAUGAUGUACACAUCAGCUGUGGUCAGACAUGAUGUGCACAUCAGCUGUGGUCAGACAUGAUGUACACAUCAGCUGUGGUCAGACAUGAUGUGCACAUCAGCUGUGGUCAGACAUGUACACAUCAGCUGUGGUCAGACAUGAUGUGCACAUCAGCUGUGGUCAGACAUGUACACAUCAGCUGUGGUCAGACAUGAUGUACACAUCAGCUGUGGUCAGACAUGAUGUGCACAUCAGCUGUGGUCAGACACGUACACAUCAGCUGUGGUCAGACAUGAUGUGCACAUCAGCUGUGGUCAGACAUGAUGUACACAUCAGCUGUGGUCAGACAUGUACACAUCAGCUGUGGUCAGACAUGUACACAUCAGCUGUGGUCAGACAUGAUGUACACUUUGGUGAAAAACGAGGUUUGGGCUGUAGACAAAAUGAGUCUUGUUAUUCAAGAUGUUGUAGCCAACAAUUUCUUGGCAUGGUAGGUCUACACCGCUAUUUAUUUCCAGUUACUAAAUUUACGGAAUGGGUUCUUGAUUAAAAUUCUUCUGUAAAUAUUCAAGCAGAAAAAAAACAGUAGGGCUUGAUUUGGUGACUGAAUCUUCAUAUAAAAAUGUGCCACUAUUGAAAAUGACACAUUUUUGUUUAUAUUUCUUUACUGCUCACAAAAUUAGUUUAUUAGUUUUGUGAAAUAAUUUUUUUUUGUUUUAACAUCAACUUACUUCAUUUAUCACUAUCAUUUUGUUCAACUACUAUUGUUUUUUUUUUAAAUUACAGUACCAUUGAAAUACUGUUGAGAUAGUUAAAAGAUAAGGGAGCUUAAUCUGUCUGAACAAAUCUUUGUUUUUCUGAUUCAAUUACACCAAAUUUAAAUUGUGCCUAGCAGUGUUGAAAAAUAUUGAAGUGCCAUGAGAAUUUCAAUCACAAAAUUUUAUGUUGUAUGAAAAACCAAAUCAAAUUUUUUUGAAGAUUUGUGCCUAAACAUAUUGGGUUAAACAAACUGGCUUAUGUUUUAAAUACUAUAUCUUAUUUAUUAAAGACAAAAGUAGACAAACAUUUGAACCAUUGUAUUUUAUGCUUGAAUUGUUUUAUAAGUGUAAAUUGAAUUUAAAUGUGGUUUUUUAAUGGUAGUAAAAAAAUUAUAUCAUGUUGUUGCUGACAUUGUGAAAAGUAUUUGAAUGAUGAUUUCUGAAAUGGUGGAAAUAUAUUUUUUUUCUAAAGUGUAUUCAUUUAAUGAUGGGGAUAGAAAAAAAAAGAACAAUUUAUUUAUAUCAUUGUAGUUGAGUAUUUUGAGUUUAAAAAAGUGAAUAAAAAUGUUUUUAAAAAUGUAA